AUGGAGGCCGAGCGGACAAAUCCCUACACUUUCCGGCUACCCAAGCCAAACUAUCUUCCUCAUAUCACCAAUGAGCCCAUUGUCGAAGAGGUCUUCAAGCCUCUGGACCGGCCAAGUGAGCUCGAGAAUGCCGCCUAUAGGAACAAGGCAAAGCGUACCAUGCAGGAACUGGGCAUCACGACACCCAAGGGCUAUGAUGUGUCUUUUCAUUACAAUCCGGAAAUGGAGAGACAUCACUUUGGCCAAACACACCCCAUGAAGCCUUGGAGACUGACCCUCACCAAGGGCCUGGUCACUGCGUAUGGCAUGCACUACACCAUGAAGAACUACACAGCACGUGCCGCAACUUAUGAUGAGCUAACAUCAUUCCACACCUCGGAUUAUGUCGAUUUCCUAGCUACCGUUGCACCUCAACCCACUCCGCUUGAUCUUGACGGCACUAAUUCCGACCUUAAAUUCAACCUGGGUGGAAGUGACUGCCCUCUUUUUGAAGGACUGUACAACUAUUGCUCUCUAUCUGGCGGCGCAUCGCUUGACGCGGCCCGAAAGUUGUGCACAAAGCAGUCCGAUAUUGCCAUUGCAUGGGGCGGAGGGCUGCAUCAUGCCAAGAGGUCAGAGGCGUCGGGUUUCUGCUAUGUCAAUGACAUUGUCAUUGCCAUUUUGCAACUGCUCCGAGUCCACAAACGAGUCCUUUAUAUCGAUAUCGACGUUCACCACGGCGAUGGUGUCGAGGAGGCCUUCUUCUCCACAGACAGAGUUAUGACGGUAUCCUUCCACAAAUACGAUCCUAUGAACUUCUUUCCUGGAACGGGUGCCCUCGAGGACAAUGGGCCCAAGAGUGAACAUAACCCGGGCGCACACCAUGCAAUCAACGUACCCCUCAACGACGGCAUCACGGAUGAGCAGUAUAAGUGGUUGUUUGAGAAUGUUAUCUCCCGAUGUGUGGAGAAAUUCAAGCCCGAGGCUAUUGUGCUGCAAUGCGGCGCCGAUUCUUUAGCUGGAGACCGGCUUGGCAAAUUCAACCUGCUUGUGCAAGGGCAUGGCUCCUGUGUCGAAUAUUGCAAAGGCUUGGGUCUCCCCAUGAUCAUCGUGGGGGGUGGCGGCUACACGCCCAAGAACGUGGCUCGCGCCUGGGCGUACGAAACGGCUAUUGCAACGAACAACCAGAGCAAUGUUGCCGCCACUGCAGAAAUUCCGCUACAUACUCCAUACCGGAAGAAUUUUGAGUAUGAUAGUGUACUCUUGCCUAGCAUAGAGCAAAUAUUGGGAGAUGCACGACAGAACCGGAAUACCCAGAAGCGCUUGCAGGAAAUCAUACAGCAUGUGACGGAACAAUUACGCUUCGUGAGUGCCGCGCCGAGCGUGCAAUGCUCGAUCAUUCCUCCGGACCUUGGAGGCAUCAGAGACGAUGUCGAGCGGCGAAUCAAGGAAGAGUUCGACGAGAGGAAUGAAGAAGGGAGGAAGGACAAGGAGGAGGGCGUGGGAGUCCCGAUGGAACAUUGA